AUGGGCUUACAAUUGCCGAGGCUGGUCGAAUGGUGCAGCCAAAUGUUGGGAGAACAACUGUGUCUUCAAUCAUUCAGACUUUUCGUCGAGAGAAAAGGGCUGCAAGACAACCUCACAGGGGUGGCAGAGGGCCUCUUUUCACACCUGAACAGGAGGAGGCUAUCUGCACCAGAUGUUGUAGAAAACAAUACCAUAAGACUAAGGGAGAUAAAGAGUGCCAUUUUCGAGGACAACAACAUCUUUGCAAACAUCCAAACAGUCAGCAUCUCAACCAUUGACAGGGUGCUGAAAAGACACCAAAUGAGUAUGAAGCAGUUGUACACUGUUCCUUUUGAAAGAAAUGGUGAAAGAGUGAAGGAGCUGCACUACCAGUAUGUACAGCGUAUAAUGGAACUGGAAGCAAGUGAACCACCGCACAACUUCAUCUACGUGGAUGAAGCUGGCUUCAACCUAACGAAAUGCAGAAGGCGGGCUCGAAAUAUCAUUGGCCACAGAGCUACAGUAGAUGUGCCAGGUCAACGGGGCGGGAACAUGACCAUGGGUGUUGCUAUCUCUGAGAAUGGUGUGGUAACUCAUAUUCCAAUAAUUGGGCCAUACAAUACAGAGCAUCUUGUCACCUUUUUAGACACUCUCUACAGGGAUCUCAUCCCUGAACAAGAGAGGGGUCAGACUGGAGAGAACUUGCCAAAGUUCGUGAUAGUUUGGGACAAUGUCAGUUUCCAUCGCUCCAACAUCAUCAGGCAAUGGUUUGCCACCCACAACAGGAUGCUGAUGGAGUUCCUCUCACCCUAUUCCCCAUUCCUUAACCCCAUUGAGGAAUUUUUCUCACCAUGGAGAUGGAAAAUGUAUGACUGCCAGCCACAUACAUAGAUGACCCUUCUGGCUGCCAUGGAUGCAGCGUGUGAUGACAUCACAGCAGAAGCCUGCAGAGGCUGGAUAAGACUCUCUAAAAGAUUCUUUCCACGCUGCAUCACAAGAGAAGAUAUUUGUUCUGACGUGGAUGAGAAUUUGUGGCCCAACAGACAGGAACGUCAGGAGGUGUAGGAAGACUGCACUGUAAUCCCUACAGCACUGCAUGUACAGUUUUCCUUAAGGAGAUUG